AUGCUCGAGGUCGACCCGGGCCUCUCGGUCGUAUGCUCCCAUACCAUUGGCGGCGUGGGCCUGCUCGAGCGUGAGAAUGCCACCAUCCUCAACGCCUCCAUCCUCCAGCUGGCCCAGAAGACCGUCCGGGCCUUUGUGCAGGCCAUGUCGGACCUCAGGCUUAACUGCAGCCUCUAUCUGACGCAGAAUGACGGUACCUUGACGGAUGCUGUCACUGCCUCUGAGCUGCCUAUCAAGACCUUUGCCAGCGGCCCAACCAACAGCUUGACCGGAGCUGCCUUCUUGGCCUCCCUGGACCGGAGAACCGGCAGCAGGUCAACUGCAGAGAGGCAGACACUGGUCAUUGAUAUCGGUGGGACGACUUCCGAUAUCUGUGCCUUGAUGCCGUCAGGCUUCCCCCGCCAGGCAUCGAACUUCGUUGAAGUCGGUGGUGUGCGUACCAUGUUCUCCAUGCCAGAAGUGCUCUCCAUCGGACUCGGUGGAGGUAGCAUUGUUCGUCAGGAUGGAACUUAUGUCUCUGUAGGACCCGACUCUGUUGGCCAUUACCUGACCAGCAAGGCUAAAGUGUUUGGUGGUGAUACCCUUACUACCACCGACAUCGUCGUUGCCGCUGGAAAGGAGCAGAUAGGAGAUGCAUCAAAGGUUGCCGAUGUCACUCAGCAGACCAUCGAGGACGCACGGAAGGCCAUCACCAAGCUGCUUAACCGUGGCAUCGAAAGCAUGAAGGUGUCCUCCCUUCCCGUUACCGUCCUCCUGGUUGGAGGCGGUUCGAUCGUCUACAUGGACGACCUCGAAGGCGUUGAAGAAUGCAUCAUCCCUCCUCACCAUGACUCUGCCAACGCCGUCGGUGCAGCCAUAGCCAAGGUUGCGGGAACAGUAGACGUCAUUGAGAUCCUUGCUGGAAAGGACGAGAAAGAAGUUCUCAAGCAAGUCGAAACUGCAGCUGUCGACAUGGCUAUUCAACGAGGUGCAGACAGAGAUACCGUGAAGAUUGCUGAGAUCGAAAAGCUGCCUCUUCAAUAUGUCACCAACAAAGCUACCCGUAUCAUGAUCAAGGCUGUCGGUAAACUGAGAGUACCCACGGAGGAAGAGGCCGAGCAGGAGCGGGCUAAACUACCUGCCUACACCAACGGUACCAACGGAGCCAACGGCCACAACGGCAACGGUGUUGAAGGCGAGAAAGCUGCUGCCGCCGAGGACGUGUCUAGAUCUGCUGUCAAGCACUCGAUCUACGUCGAUAUACCAUCAUACAAGCCCGAAGUCGAGAAUGGAGUCUGGUACCUAAGCGCUCUUGACCUGGAAUUCAUUGCCUCCGGCACCGGCGUCCUGGGGACAGGUGGUGGUGGCCCUUCAUACCAACAAUACCUCAUUGCACUUGAAUGUCUUCGCAAGAAGGGCAAGCGGAAGAUGAGAGUAGUCAAGCCCGAAAGCAUGGCUGACACAGAUGUCUGCGUCUUCGCUUCCUGGUACGGAGCCCCCAGUGUGUCAUCUGAGCGUAUCCCCCAGGGCAACGAACUCAUCCGGUCAGUCGAAGAAUCCAUCAAGCUUACCAGACACGAGAAGUUCCAUGCCAUCAUGGCCGAUGAGAUUGGCGGAGGAAACGGAAUGGUCACCUUCCCUACUGCAGUGCACUAUGAUAUCCCCACCAUCGAUGCAGAUCUGAUGGGGAGAGCUUAUCCUACCAUCCAGCACGGGACCCCUUACGUCUACGGUGAAACAAUCUCACCAUGCGCCCUGGCUGACUCGAAGGGUAAUGUCUCGGUUGUCAUGCAUGCCGAGUCCAACCAGAGAAUCGAGACCAUGCUUCGAACUACCUGUGUAGAAUUGGGUCUCUUCACCUCCGUUUCCGCUGCUCCUCUUACCGGGAAGGCCAUUAAGAAGUACGCUGUGGAAAACACCAUGUCUCAAGCCUGGUACCUCGGACGAGCCAUCCAUCUCGCUCGCCGUGAGAAGGUCGAUGUCAUCGAAGCAAUCUUCAAAACCACCCCCGGCCGCCUCCUAUACACAGGCAAAAUAAUCGACGUCCACCGAGACGUCAGCCGCGGUUACACUAUGGGCUACUGCAUCCUUGCCCCUCUAUCUAGCGAUGAAGUAGCAGACUCCUACGACAACACCAAUAGCACCUCAUCUUCCCCUUCUUCCACCGAAACCGAGCCACACCUCAUCAUCCCUUUCCAAAACGAAUAUCUCUACGCCGCUCACGUAUCUAACCUCGACAAACCCCAAGAGCCAGUCAACCAGGACGUCAUCUGCACCGUCCCCGACCUCAUCUCCAUCCUAGAUAAGGACGGUGAGGCAGUUGGGUCCCAGGAACUCAAGUACGGUCUCCGAGUACGUGUCAUCGGCAUGGCUGCUCAUCCGCUCUGGACCCAGGACCAGAGAGGCCUUGAUGUCGGUGGACCCAAGUAUUUCGGCCUCGACAUGGAGUGGAAGAGCAUCGGGAAGUAUCAGAGGCCUAGGAGCGUUAUUGAUGAGUUCAAUGUCGUCGUUUGA